CACUCCUUCCUACUCUUCUAUUUAUCAUCUGUUGCCAGACGCCAAACCAAAUCCCUCACUCUCUCUCUCUCUCUCUCUCUCUCUCUCUGAGAUCUCAUCACCUCAAAAUCAAUGGCAGACGCACCCAGACCAAGCUCCUCCAGCAACCGCCGCCAGCCCAGCCGCCUCCAGCGGCGAGCCCCGCCCCCUUCUUCCUUACAAAUAAAUCGCGUCCCCGAUUGGAACGUCGCUAUCCCCCUCCUCUCUCCUCUCGUCUCCCCCGAUUGCCCUAUAGACACCACCAAAUCCCGAGACCAGCACCAGCAGAAGGAGAUGCCACGCCAUCAUCAGGGGGCGGAGGCUGAGAAAUCGGCGCCGGCGAUGGUGUUCAAGAAGUGGCAGCAUCCGGCGGCGCCCUUCUGCUACGAGCCGGCUCCUUUUGUCUCGGCUUUUGUUCCGGUGUAG